GAAGAAAACGGGAAGCUCAGGAGGGCUGUGCCUGUGAGUGAACACUGCUCAGUCAACCUCCAGCCGUCGUAGGGGAAGGUUCGCGCUUUCUGCUAAUCCGUCUCGACUGCUUAAGCAAAAUGACCGUAGACUUCUACUACUUGCCUAUGUCUGGUCCUUGUCGGUCUGUGUUGCUGACGGCCAAGGCUGUCGGCGUGGACCUCAACCUGAAGGAGGUUAAUCUGAUGGCCGGAGAGCAGCUGAAGCCUGAGUUUGUGGCAAUAAACCCGCAGCAUACCGUUCCCACCCUGGUCGAUGGUGAUUUCAUCCUCUGGGAAAGCCGCCCCAUCUGCACAUACCUUGCCACUCAGUACGGGAAGGACAACACCCUCUACCCUAGUGAUCCCAAGACCCGAGCCACUGUGGACCGUCUUCUGUACUUCGACAUGGGCACGCUCUAUCACCGCUUCAGCGAAUAUGCCUACCCAGUCUUGUUUGGUGGCGUAGAAAAGGUGGAUCCAAAGAAGCUAGAACCCCUGCACGAGGCACUGGCAUGGCUGAACGACUUCCUAGCCGGCCAUGAGUGGGCCAUCGGCAACAACAUUACGGUCGCUGACAACGUCCUUGUGGCUACAGUCUCAACACUUGAAGCUUCAGGAAUAGAUAUUGCCAAACACUCGAAUGUGGCUGCCUGGCUGGAGAAGUGCAAGUCCACUCUGCCAGGCUACAGCGAAGUGAAUGAGCCUGGUGCUGUAGAGUUUGGCAAGUUUGCCAAAGAUAAGCUGAGCACAAACUAAUUUGAAAGUAUAAAAAUCCCUUAUAACAUUUUGGCACUGUGACAAUUCUAAAAAUAAAAAUGGUUAACUUUUAUAAAUAUGUAACCUAAAAUCUAGAUACUGUACUAGUACUUUAUUUUAGUAUGUUUUGAAAGUCUUGCACCAAUUUUCAGGAUGGCCAUGUUUCCUAAUGUCCAUAAGGGCAAUUAGUCCCUUGAUGAAUCCUUGGUGAAUCCAAUACCUUUAUCACCUGCCUUGUGUCUUUCUGUUCUUGUCUUGUCAUCUUGAAUGCUAUUUAGUGCCUUUAGAUUAUCCUGUGACUGGUGGUGCUAGUCUUCCCAGCUUGGUGCCUUUUGAUAAUUUGUUUUUCACAGGGUAAAAGGCUAUAUUGUGAAAUUAUUAAUGAUCAUUAACUGAUAAGCUAUCUAUGAAUAUCUAAAAGAUCUGUAUUUGUUAUUCAGCAUAAAGCAUAUGUCUA